AUGGACUUCAUCUGCACCCUGACCGUCCGGCCGCUGGCAAAGUCGUCUCGCAGCCCGCACGUUCAUGUAGCGAAGCAGGUGUGCUUGUCAUCAUCGACUCGACGACGACACUUCCACCGCACCACCCGUCUGCAAAAGGAGGUGACGGGCAAGAGCCACUCGAAAUUCUUCUCGUCCGUCGACGAUGCCGUCGCCGACAUCAAGUCCGGCUCGACCGUGCUGUCCGCCGGCUUCGGCCUGUGCGGCACGGCUGAAACCCUCAUCAAAGCCCUCGAGCGGCGAGGGAGCGAGAGUCUAAACAACCUCACCUGCGUCUCCAACAAUGCCGGCACGGCCGUUGGAGGCGGUCUCAGCCCUUUAGUGAAAUCAGGCCAAAUGACAAAGGCCAUCUGCUCCUUCCUCGGCGCCAACAAGGAGCUCGAGAAGAAGUACCUCACCGGCAAGAUCUCCAUUGAACUCACGCCCCAGGGCACCCUGGCGGAGAAGUUGCGGUGUGGAGGCGCCGGCAUCCCCGCCUUCUACACUCCCACCGGCGUCUCCACGCUGAUCCAGUCGGGCGGCAUUCCGCAGAAAUUCAACGAGCAGGGCGAAGUCACUGUCCCGGGCAAUGCGAGGGAGACGCGCAUCUUCAACGGCCGGGUGUACAAUAUGGAGCACGCCAUUACGGGUGAUGUCGCCAUUCUACGCGCCUGGAAGGUGGAUGAAUCGGGCAACUGCAAGUUCCGCUACACCACCAAGUCCUUUGCCCCGCUCAUGGCCAAGGCCGCCAAAAUCUCCAUCGUCGAGGCAGAGCACGUCGUCCCUGUGGGCGAGCUGGAGGCAGACGACAUUGACCUUCCCGGCGUCUUCAUCGACCGCAUCGUCCAAGCGACGGAGGAGAAAGUCAUCGAAAUCAAGAAACUCAAAGACCCCAACGCCGACCCGGAGGCCGAAGCAAAAGACAAUCCCGCCCUGCAACGACGAAACCGCAUCGCAAAGCGCGCCGCUCACGAACUCAAGCCAGGCUCCUAUGUCAACCUCGGCAUCGGCAUGCCCACUCUAGCAGCAGACUUCCUCCCCCCAAACUCCAACGUGUGGAUCCAAUCGGAGAACGGCAUCAUGGGCAUGGGCCCGUACCCCACCGAAGACCAAAUCGACGCGGACAUCAUCAAUGCCGGCAAGGAGACUGUCACGCUCGUCAAGGGCGCUUCGACCUUCGACUCCUCCGAGUCUUUUGGCAUGAUUCGCGGAGGCCACAUUGAUGUUUCCAUGCUGGGGGCGCUGCAGGUGGGUGCGAAUGGGGAUUUGGCGAAUUACAUGAUUCCCGGGAAGGUGUUCAAGGGGAUGGGCGGCGCAAUGGACCUCGUGAGCAAUCCCGACAACACCAAAAUCGUCGUCUUGACCGACCACGUCGACAAAAAUGGGCGCCCGAAGAUUGUGCAAAAUUGCACGCUGCCGUUGACUGGUGCGCGCGUUGUAUCGACGAUUAUUACAGAUAUGUGUGUCUUCCAAGUGAAUCGCGAAAAAGGCUUCCUGACUUUGACGGAGCUGGCGCCGAAUGUUACUGUGGAUGAUGUCAAGAAGAAUACUGGGGCGAAGUUUGAGGUCGCUUCCGAGUUGGGGCAGAUGGAGUAG